AUGAUUGGAUAAAGCAAGACUGAAUUACAUUAAGUAUUUAAAAGUUUUGAUAAAGAUGGAAGUGGAUAUAUUGAUAAGUAAGAGCUCCAUUUAAUAGCUUAAUAAUUGAAUUAAGAAAUCAGUUAAGAAGAGAUUGAUAAAGUAUUAGUAUUUUCUAUUAUUUUAUAGUUAAUGGCAGUUGUUGAUAUAAAUAAGGAUAAUUAAAUAUCUUUUGAUGAAUUUUGGAAUUGGUGGUAAUUUGGAAAAAAUGGUCAUUUAGAAAAAUUAGUAUUUAUGAAAUUGAAACUGAUGAAUUUAUUAAAGAAGGUUAAUUCAUAAUUCACUAGAUUUGGAAUAUCUUUCUUUGAAAAAUAAGAUAAAAAUUAUGAUCAUCAUUAUUGGGCAAUAAAUUAUGGUGAUCAACCUUGUCAUUUAAGAGUAGAUAGUACCAUCUUAUAUAAUGGUAAAGGAAUUGCUGAAGCUUUAAAUAAUGAAAAUAAAUUAUUAAAAGGAAUUUAAUUAACAUAAGGUAAAUAUUUUGAUUUAACAUUCAUUAUACGUACUCUAUAACCUGAAAUAGCUAAACAGAAAUUUUAAUAAUUAUAUAAUGAUUUCAUUUAAAAAUUAUAAAAGGUAGAAUCAGAAGAAUCAAUGGAAAUUUAUGAGUUUCUUUCUAAAUGUGAUUUAUAAGUUUCUGCUAAUACAGACAGUGUAAUAUUAUUAAUUAUUAUUGCAGCUUAUUCUGUAACUUACAAUUAAACAUCCUUUAGUUUAGGAUUUUAUUGAAACCUAAUAUAGUCCUUUUUUAGAUUAAUUGGGAGAGGAUCUUGAAGUUUAAGUAGAAUUAAAUGUAGGUGUAAAAAAUGGAUUGAAAAAAAUGAUGAAAAAGAAUUAGAUUUUUAUAAAAUAUUUGUUAGAAGGUUUCUUAGUUGAAUUUUAAGCUAAAUUUAAUUCAUCUCUUGCAAAAAAAAUAUUUAACUUAGUACUCUUUCUUAUUUAAUAAGCAUAAUCAAAGAAAAUGGAAAAAAAAUAAGUGCUUUCACAAUUUAAAUAAGGAUUUACAUUUCCUCUUCUUUUUAAACAUUCUAAAUUUCAUUUAUAAUUUAAAAAUAUGGAAGAUGUUGAUGUUUUUCUUAAAUCUUUAGGUCUCGAUGAAUUAGUUGAAGAUUAACCUAAUGCAAGAGAUUUAUUAUAAGAGAUUAUUUAGGAAGAUGAAAUUAAAGAAUUUAAAAAUCCAGAAGAAGAUGUUUACAUUCUCUAUUAAAUUUAUUAAUUUGCAAAAUAAUACUUAAUUGCUAAAGGAUCAGUCUUUGCAUUAUUUCCAAAUGCACUCAUUAAAUUAGAAUUUAAUUUUGAAGGUUUAGCAGAUGUUAUGGAAUGUAUAUUUAGAGAAGAUGCAGAAAGUCUUAAAAAAAAUUAGAAAUGA